GCAUGCCGUCCUCCCCGCUGUGUGGCAUGUGCCUCUUGCUGCAGCCUGCUGUAAUGCCUGCACACUGUGGCGGCAUUGAACUGUUCCCUAAUGGAACGUACGCGUAAUGAGUCAAUGCUUCCUUAAGCAGCAUUCGAGACAGAUCGCGCAGUCACGACGUAAACAACAAUGGCUUGGCUCUUCGGAAGCGGCGAGCAAGACUUGUCGCGUGACAAGCUAACCGAGCCGAUCAGCGACAUCUCCGAAAAAUGGAAACUGCUGCCUGCUUUCCUCAAGAUGAACGGCUUGGUGCGGCAUCACAUCGACUCCUUCAACCACUUCAUCAACGUCGAGAUCAAGAACAUAAUGCGCGCCAACGAUCGCGUCACGAGUGACGCGGACCCCAACUUUUACCUCAAGUAUCUGGACAUCCGCGUGGGUGAGCCCAACAUCGAGGAAGACUUCACGGUGGGACGCCGCACGACGCCUCAUGAGUGUCGACUGAGAGACAUGACUUACUCUGCGCCGAUCGUGGUCGACAUCGAGUACACUCGCGGCCAAGAGCGGGUGCAGCGAUCGGACUUCCCCAUCGGCCGCAUGCCCAUCAUGCUGCGCAGCGCCAACUGCGUGUUGGCGAACAAGACACACUUCGAGAUGUCCCAGCUGAACGAGUGCCCGUACGAUCCCGGAGGCUACUUCGUAGUGAACGGCGUCGAGCGUGUCAUACUGAUGCAGGAGCAACUCUCCAAAAACCGCAUGAUCGUCGAGGAGGACCGCAAGAGUGGAAUUAUGUGCCAGGUCACCAGUUCCACGCACGAGCGCAAAAGUCGCACCGUGGUCGGAGUCAAGCAUGGUCGCUACUUCCUGAAGCACAACUGCUACACGGAGGACAUUCCUAUCAUCAUCGUGUUCAAGGCCAUGGGUUUGGAGUGCGACCAGAUUAUCGUGCAGAUGAUUGGCAACUCUGACGUCGUCCAGUCAGCCAUAGCUUCAUCACUGGAGGAGUGCCAUCGCGCCGAGGUGUUCACACAGACACAAGCACUGCGGUACCUUGGCAGCAAGCUCAAACACCGGCGCAUGUUCUUCGCUGGAGGGGGCGGUGGAGGUGGCGGUCAGCGCAAGUCUGUCGUCGAUGACGCUAGGGACAUUCUCGCUACCACAGUGCUGGCUCACGUUCCAGUGGAAGACUUCAACUUCCGCAUCAAGUGCUUCUAUCUGGCCAUCAUGGUGCGGAGGGUGAUCGACGCGCAGUCCAACAAGGAACUGCUUGAUGACCGCGACUAUUAUGGCAACAAGAGGCUUGAGCUUGCCGGCUCGCUUCUGUCGCUUCUUUUUGAAGACCUGUUCAAGCGCUUCAAUGCAGAGCUCAAGAUGGUUGCCGACAAGCACAUCCCGAAAGUGCGUGCGACGCAGUUUGACGUCAUCACAUACAUCCGGCAGGACUUGAUCACGCAUGGACUGUGCAUGUCUAUUUCAACAGGAAACUGGACUGUCAAACGGUUCAAGAUGGAACGUAUUGGCGUCACACAGGUGCUUACGAGGCUCUCCUACAUCUCGGCACUUGGCAUGAUGACGAGGGUCAACAGCCAGUUCGAGAAGACCCGAAAGGUGUCCGGUCCCCGGUCGCUCCAGCCGUCACAGUUUGGCAUGCUCUGCCCCAGUGACACCCCCGAAGGCGAGGCCUGUGGUCUGGUCAAGAACCUUGCGCUCAUGACCCACAUCACCACCGACAUAGAUGAGGCGUUCAUAGUGCGGCUGCUGCGAAACCUUGGCGUGGAAGACCUGCAGCUCCUCAACGGUGAAGAGCUCUCUGAUCCAUCAGUGUACCUAGUGUUUCUCAACGGCAACAUACUGGGCGUCAUCCAAAACCACGUGCGUCUUCUCAAGACACUCCGCCUGCUUCGUAGAUCAGGGUACCUGUCGGAGUUCGUCUCCCUUCACACUAGCCACUUGCAGCGCUGUGUGUACGUCUCGGCUGAUGGUGGCCGCAUGUGCCGGCCGUACAUCAUCGUUGAGAAGGGGCGCCCCAAGCUAACCAACGCCCACAUCGAGGACCUCACCAGGGGUUUCCUCUUCUUCAACGACCUCAUUCGCAGAGGUAUCGUUGAGUUCCUCGAUGUAAACGAGGAGAAUGACAGCCACAUUGCGCUCCGUGAGGAGGACAUCACUUCAAAGACGACGCACCUCGAGAUCGAGCCUUACAGUCUGCUUGGAGUUUGUGCAGGCAUCAUUCCGUAUCCGCACCACAACCAGUCGCCGCGAAACACAUACCAGUGCGCCAUGGGCAAGCAGGCGAUGGGUACCAUUGGCCUCAACCAACGCAACAGGAUAGACUCCCUGAUGUACCUCCUGGUCUACCCACAUCGGCCAAUGGUCAAGACCAAAACCAUUGAGCUCAUCAACUUUGAAGAGCUGCCUGCUGGCCAGAAUGCAAUUGUGGCUGUGGUGAGCUACAGUGGUUACGAUAUCGAAGAUGCCAUCGUUAUGAAUCGAUCGUCCAUCGACCGUGGCUUUGGCCGAUGCCAGGUUUACAGGAACCAGAAGUGUGUCAUCAAGAAGUAUGCCAACCAGACCAGCGACAAAAUUAUGGGACCGCUCAUAGACAGUACCAACAUGAUGCCAGUGUGGAAGCACGAGGCCCUCGAUGCAGAUGGAAUUGCACGCCCGGGUUCCCGAGUUGAGAAUCGGCAGGUCCUCAUUAACAAGUGGGUUCCUGCAGCCACCGCCACUGUGCCACAGCCUGGCCAGCCAACACAAGCGGAGCACAAAGAGGUUCCCGUUACAUACAAAGGCCUGGAACCCGUGUACGUGGAAAAGGUGCUCAUCACAUCUAACACGGAGGAGUCGUUCCUGAUGAAGCUGCUGCUGCGGCAGACGCGCCGCCCAGAGAUCGGCGACAAGUUCAGCAGCCGACAUGGCCAGAAGGGCGUAGUCGGCCUCAUUGCACAGCAGGAGGACUUGCCUUUCAAUGACCAAGGCAUCUGUCCCGACCUCAUCAUGAACCCACACGGAUUCCCCUCCCGCAUGACGGUCGGCAAGCUCAUCGAACUGCUGGCGGGCAAGGCGGGUGUCCUCAAUGGGAAGUUCCACUACGGCACCGCCUUUGGAGGAUCGAAGGUGAAAGACGUGGGUGAGGAGCUGAUCCAGCGUGGCUUCAACUACCUGGGCAAGGACUGCCUCACCUCUGGCAUAACGGGGGAGCCCCUGUCCGCGUACAUCUACAUGGGCCCCAUCUACUACCAGAAGCUGAAGCACAUGGUCAUGGACAAGGUGCACGCCCGAGCACGAGGUCCUCGGGCCGUGCUCACCCGGCAGCCCACCGAGGGUCGGUCACGCGAAGGCGGACUGCGACUGGGCGAGAUGGAGCGCGACUGCCUCAUUGGACACGGUGCCAGCAUGCUGCUACUAGAGCGGCUCAUGCUUUCCAGCGAUGCCUGUGAGGUGGACGUAUGCCGACAGUGCGGCCUGCUGGGCUACUCACACUGGUGCCACUACUGCCGCUCGUCGAGUGCCAUCGCUACUCUGCGUAUUCCGUACGCGUGCAAGCUGCUCUUCCAGGAACUGCUGUCCAUGAACAUCAUCCCGCGGCUGGAGCUCACAAGUCACUGCAGUAGCCGCAGCUUCGCAUCCACCAAGCAUUGACGACGGAGCCUGUCACGCAGCUGUUUGUUCAUGGUUCAAUCAAGUUUUCAUGACUAGCCAUCUCUGUGCGACGGCCGAACGGAGCACCAUCACUGGGCAUUCACUGCCAGAUGGGUUCCACCCGUGCUGCCCAGCGCCUGCUUCCAGCACAACGUAACUUCUUUGCGGCCUUCGUCUCGAGAUACUUGCUCUUCAGAUAUCAUCGGAAGUUGCGAAAAGUUGUGAUCUGAGCUGGUGAGACUUUUAUUUGUGUUGGAUCACUGCAUCGUGGUGUUGCACCUACGAGAGCCAUCGUGCAACUCGUCGGGACAGGAGUGGCGUGUGCGAGCCUGGUUUGGAGGUUCUCGCAUAGGUAGCUUAUCGUAAACUCUUUAACUAUCCUAUCGUAAACCGAUGCUCAUUAUUUUAUGUGUGAUAGGUGAGGUGGUGUCUCUUGUUUAGAUAUGACAAACGGACAAUAAAAUGUGCCCGCUGUGAUUUACAUUUACCAAC